AUGGAUUCAUUAAUUGAAAAAUGGAAAAAGACAACCUAAAGUGCAUCUAGAUAUAGUGAGUAGAAGUUGAAAAAGUAAGAUAGGAAUGCAUCAUCAUCUUCAGAAAGCUCUUAAGAAUAGAAAAGAGUAAAUAAUAUUAAUAAGAAUUCACCUCAACCUCAAACUACAAAGAGUUUAAAAUAGUCCAAUUAAUCAUCUGGUAAGAAACCAACUUAAUAAUCAUUACCAAAUUCAGGUAAUAAGAAAUUUCUAAAACCAUAAACCUUUUCAUAAUUACUUGAUUUCUUUACAUAGCAAUUCUAAACCUUAUUUAAAAGCAACAUAUUACCUUCAUAAUUGAAUGAAUAAAUUAAGACUAUUUUAGUAGAUUAUGCUGAAAAUAUAUAAUUGUUAAGUGCAUCAGGAUUUACUGGAGCUUAAGUUGAAGAAUUAUAAAAUAAAUUGAAUCAAGCAGAAUAAUAAAUAUUUACUCUAAAAAAUAACAAUUCUAAAGAUGAUUUUAGCAAAAAGAUUAUAAAUGAAUUAGAAGAUAAAUUGUUGGAUAGUGAAAAGUAAAGAGUAAAAUUAAAAUAAUAGAAAGAGUAGAUGUAAAUAUAAAUAGAGAAAAUUUCAGAAUCUUUAGGGAAAUAUUAAAUCAAUUAAGAAUUAAUACAUUAGAUGAAAUAAGAGAAUUUAUAAUUAAGAAAAAAUAAUGAUAUUUUAGUAACUUAAAUUUAAUAAUUAAAUACUUAAAAUAAAGAAUAAUAAGUAUUAUGGAAUUAAUAAAUAGAAGACUUAAUUAAAAUGAUGGAUAUUUUAAGAAAAUCAACAAGUUCUUCUUGA